AAAAUUUUACGUAGUUUGUUAUCCCUUUGAUUAAUAAACUCAAUCUGAACGACUUUACACUUUCUCUGUGUUUGUCUCUCGCCUAAUUUGCUGGUGACAUUUCGUGCACUGUUUUUUUUAAAGCUAUUCAUUAGUGUGGAAGCCAUAACGCCGACAAUUUUGAUAAAUUUUGGCCAAUUCGGGUGGAAUCUGAGUCGAAUCUCACUCAAAUAACAUUGAUCUGCAACUGGGUUUUGUUUGAAUCGUAAGAAGCCCGGAUGUCUCCUUCAAAUGGAAGUGCUUCAGGUGGAGGAGGAUCAAACAGUGGAAAUUAUAUCGAACAUCCCGUGUCCAAGAUGGAUACUCUUGCUGGUGUGGCCAUCAAGUAUGGUGUUGAGGUGGCUGACAUCAAAAGGCUGAAUGGGUUGUCUACAGAUCUUCAAAUGUUUGCUUUGAAAACAUUGCAGAUACCAUUACCAGGAAGACAUUCACCAUCUCCUUGUUUGUCUGACAGUUUUGCCUCUUCAGGUGACAACUGUAGAGAAAUUACACCGCCGCGUCUAGGCUAUUCUGAUAUGUUGGAGUCAUUUGAGUCCCUAAGAAUAAAACCGUCUAAACAGAAGGUUUCCCCUGCUGCGAGAACUUUACAGAAGGUCUCUCCAGCUAUGAGCAGUCUACAGAGUUACUAUGGCCUCAAACCUCCAAAUCACAAGGGUGCUUCUGAAGGCAUGCAGGUGGCUGUUCGUAGAACAAGUAGUUCAGAUUACCUGGGUGAAGAACUGCUUGCUGAAACCUCACCAAUGUCUUAUCUUUUUUCAAAUCACCAAGAGCCAAGACAUUUAGCUAGUGGAUUUAUUCAUGAGAAUGGUGCAAUGUCUGAUCAUGUCCCUCUUGCUGAAGCUGGAGAGUUGGAAGGAGAGAAAUCCAAUGAGAAGUCCGUUCGAAGGCGUCAGAAAGCUGAAGCUGAAUCCAGGGGUGGUACACCUGAAAGGUUAUUGAAAGAAGAAAAUGGUGGUGGAAGCUGUGGUUUUUCACCUGUAACAGGAAAGGGUUUAGCCAUGAGGCCAAGUCGAACAGCAUUGGCCACUGAUUCAGAGUCUGGCUGGCUUAAUCCAGUAGGCUUGGGAGAUUCUAUAAUUCCUGAUGGAUCUGUUGGGAUUCAUAAAUCAUCAAGCACGCCAAGCUUGUUAGACCAGGAUAGCAGUAGUUCAUCUAUUUGGUCAACUUCUGGAUGGAGUUUGAAUUUGAAACCUGACUUGCAGGCUCUCUCAACUGCUGCUUUCACAAGACCAAUCUUAAAUGGCUUGCCAAAGCCUGUAAGUGGUCGCAGGAGUAAAGCUGCCCUUGAUUAGCUUAUGCUCAAGCACAACGGUAAAAUCAAAAGUCUUUUUUUUUAUUCGUUUGCUUUGAUCUUGUGGAAUGGAAUUUCUCAGCACAUUACACCACACUGCCACAAGUCAUAGCUGCAAAGUGUAAUUAAUAGAGAAGGUAAAGCCCAGAAAAAAAAAAAAUACAGUAACUUAUAUGAAUACAAAUAGAGAUUUCUGUUUCAUUUCAAUCGGCUUAUUAGUGAUGCUUGUGGUAUGAAUGCAUAUUGUGUCUAGAGAUUGAAUCUGCAGCUGCAUCAACAUCUGGAGAAAAGUAUGUAAUGAAGAGGGUAUUUAUCUCUAUUUCUUUAGAUUUUAUGGUCUAGAAAAAAAUAAUUGACCCUUUGGGGAAGAUUUUAAACUUAGAUUAUUUAUGUCAUCAUCUUCGUUGUUUUGAUUCUUCACCUGAUGUCCAAUUCCUCAAGUGUAUGCUUUGGUGCCCAUUUGAAACGUUGUGGGAGAAUGUAUGAUGAUUUCUUUAUGAAAAUUCCCUGUACUCUUAAUUGAA